CGUCCGUGAUCGCGGGUUAGUCUAUUCCCCUUCUUCGAUGGCAAUCGUCAACGAUCACUUUCUUCGGAGUAAGUUCUUACGGAGGAGUUAGCAGUCGAAGGUUACUCGGUCUUCCCGCUGUAUCUUCCUUCCCUCAAAUUUCCCUUAAAUCAUGAGCGCCUGUUUCAAAUUUCCCAGUGGCUAAAUCGAAUUUUAGCAUCGAAAAUUGAACCAGCGUCUUUUCUUUGUGAGUGUACGGUGGAAGAAUAUGAAGUGUACGAGAUAAUAUUGGCGAAGGACAGUUGUAUGCAUGGUGUACCUUUUUCGCUGGAGAUGAAUCUUCGCUGUGGACUGGCGAUACUUCUUCUCGUUCUCGCGGAGGUCGACUGCGCGCUCCUCAAAAUCGUGGAAACUCAUUCCUCAGCAUCGCACAGGCAGCCACGGUCGAUACCGAAAGGCCUCAACGCUACUGUUUCCUCCAUGAACGGACGAAGGGAAGUGGGCAGAAUAUUCAACGGGAAACCGAGUAAACGAGGCUCCUGGCCUUGGCAGGUGUCCCUGCAGCUUCUUCACCCGAAAUUGGGGUUCAUCGGGCACUGGUGCGGCGGUGUUCUCAUCGAGCCCACUUGGGUCGUCACCGCAGCUCAUUGUAUCCAUAACGAUCUUUUCAAUUUGCCAAUUGGAGCACUAUGGACGGCGGUCGUCGGAGAAUGGGAAUUGGACUCCGGUGGACGCGGCUCGGCCCGACUACCUGUUGAACGAGUCGUCCUCCACGAGAGGUUCAACAAUUACAUGCACGAUAUUGCGUUGAUGAAGCUAGCCAGACCAGCUCCUUUGUCGAAAAUGGUACGGACGAUCUGUUUACCGGAACCGGAAGAGGAGCUCGCGAAUAGACAAUGCACCACAUCUGGCUGGGGUCGAUACGGACCUACUCAAUCGCUUUCCACCGCGCUUUUGGAAGCCUCUGUGCCGUUAUUGGAUCUUGAGAAGUGUACGAAAGCUUAUGGGAAAUCGGUACCGAUUCGUAGCAGCCAUCUCUGUGCUGGUAACACCGACGGCUCUUCCGGUAGUUGCGUGGGCGAUUCCGGAGGACCGUUGCAGUGCCGUCGAGCGGACGGGGUAUGGCAAUUGGCUGGGGUCACUUCUUUCGGAUCGGGAUGCGCCAGGCCUGGGUAUCCAGACGUCUACACCAGGAUACAGUCUUAUGUGAAGUGGAUCAAGAAUAUUAUGGACAACGACGACGACACGCUGCUCUUAUAAUUUAUCUAUUGAUUCAUAUGUAGAUUUGUGUAAAUAUUGAUAUAGACUGUACAUAUGCGUAUAUAUUGUAUAAAAUA